GCGGCUUACCAACCAGUUGUAGCAACACGAAGAACACAUCGGCGUAGUUUGCGCUAGCGGGUGCGCGGCGUGUUUUUAUUACUGAGCGUAGAUACGCGACUUCCGAAUUAAAAUACACAAGUAUCACAAGUUGAGCCGAUAUAAUCGCACCCGCGUCGUCGCUGUGCAGCUUGCUCAGUCACUCGCUAGUCACUCGAGCAGUAGCCGAUUAGUGAUAGUACAAAAUAAAUCGGCAGCGCACGCGACCCGUCAGUUUCGAUCAUUGAUGCGACGCGCACGCAUUCAACUACUUGUUAAAUUAAACAAGCUUAAACCCUUCAAGUGUCUCAAGUGAUUUAAUUUAAUAAAAAUUAAUACAAUGCCUGAGUGUAAAAUUAAAGAAUUGCCUUCGCUGUUAAGCGAAGCCCUUGGAGAAGAAAUUGAAGUUUUAGAAGAAAAAUCGAAAUUCCUCACACCACCCGGUGAGCAUUAUGGCAGUAUAAUGCUUAGUUUGGAUGUGGUAAUCCGGAGAAGUGCGUCAGGUAAAAGUGAGACCCUUAAUUUGGUGGCCAAGAUGCCUCCGGCGAGUGAAAUGCUCAAGACGUGCUUUGAUAUUGGCGUCACCUUCAAAAAAGAAUUGGAUUCCUAUGCGAUUAUGAUCCCUGCACUACAAGAAUUCCAACGUGAUUACAACGUCCCAGAAGAGAGAAUCAUCGAUAUCUUUCCCAAAUAUUACGGGGGACGGAUUAAUUUAAAUGGAUCGGAUGUAGUCGACGAUGAUGCUCUGCUACUGUUUGAAAACCUCAAAGUCAAAGGUUACGACACUGAAGAUAGAUUCAUAGGCUUUGAUUUAGAAUCAGCGCAGAUGAUUGUCCAAGACUUGGCAAAGUUUCACGCUAUUCCUAUCGCAAUGAGAAUCUUACGACCCAAUGAUUUUAAAGAGAAGGUUGGACCUACAAUUGUGCCAAAUUCCGGGAUUGAAACCUUACCCGAGGAGGUGGGCUCAGCUUUCGUUGAUAGUGUAAUUGAAGUUUCGAAAACCAUUCCGGAACUUGCAAAUUACCUCACGAAGAUUCAGGAAAACGUUCGGAUUGCUGAGGAAAAUGCGGCAAAUAAAAAUAUCCCACCUCCAAAUCCUAUCUACGCCACCGCAGCUCAUUCGGAUUACUGGGUCAACAACACCAUGAUUAAAAAAGAUCCCAAAACCGGAAAAAUCGUCAGUAAUAAAAUGGUAGAUUUGCAGAUUAUGCAAUACAAUUCUGCAUUGGUGGAUUUGGUUUUCUUCCUGUUUACUUCUGUGGUUAAUGAAGUAUUGGACGUGCAUUGUGAUGCCCUUAUCAAGUUAUACUAUGACACUUUUAUUGAAUACCUCAAGGACUUCAAAGUUGAUCUAGCGCCGUAUAACUGGAGCGAUUUCCUUCAAGAAGUUGAUUCUUGCGCACAUGCCGAAUUUUAUCAUGUGGCUUUCAUGCUGAAACCUAUUUUCACGGAAAAGGGCAAAAUCAACAACCUGGCGGAAUUCCAGCCAAGCGACUGGGGCAGAAGAGACCUUAUCGGGGACGCGCAUCGUGAUAAGCUACGAAAGACGAUGCUAGCGUACGCCAAAAGAAAUUGGUUGUGAUCGUGACCUUCAACACGUCGCAACCUUCCAUCAAUCAUGACAUUGACAAGAAAUGGCAUUGGGCAUUGCCAAAUUUGACAUUUUAUCAAUAUCAACACCAAUGUUUAAUAUUUAAUUCAUGUAUGUUUUAUUGACUCGAUUGUUUUUAAAUUACGCACGCAUUUCAUUCAUUACUAUUAGUAUGCAUACAUAAUUUUAUUGGUGAACGUCCGAGCAUGACAAAAUGAAAAGUAUUGACGUCACACGACGCGUCGUGAUUAAAAUUUCGUACACUCUACGAAACGAUUUAUAUUUUGACCGCAUGACCAUCAUUUUGACAUCAUCACUGUUUUCUUGAUUGUUCUUAUAUAGCUUUAAAUAAAUAAAUAACAUUUUAGAUAUUUA